GAAGACAUGGCUUGAAACAAAUCAACUCUUUGAGGUCCGGGUUAAGUUACUUUUGUUAAGAAGAUGGAAAAUCUUUAACCUUGAACAACGGCGAAAGGGAGGUGAAUAUGCCGAAAAAGUGUAUUUGUGAGAUCUGUACUUGCGGACGCCAUCGUUGCCCACAUGAAGGCGCCUCUCCAAAUCGGAUCAUCAACAAGUCAACUCAGGAAAGAUGCCAUGUGACCUCGGAGUACAGAACAAGUUUUCAACCAGGGCAGCGUACAAGGGGACCUUUUCGUCGUCCAGUGGAUCUACUCCAAAACAAAGGCAACAUCGAUAAAGACACCACCCAAAAGGCUGACUACAUUCCGUUCGAGGUGAGACCUCCAAAGAAAAAGGAGGCAGAAAAGUACGUACCCAAUCCAAACCCCUUUGAAACAGUUUCGGAACACAGAGAUCACUACCGUGGAGUACGUGCCAUACCAGCCAAGAUCCCUCCAUAUAUCCGUGGAGAGACGAUGCGUGCUCCCUCAGCCAAGGUGGUUUAUAAAUCCAUUUCCCAUGACGAUUACAAAGGCUGGAUUCCCCAAGUUCACCGUGUAAUACGAAGUAACUCUUACGCUCCGCCUGCUGACCCCUUCAAAGAAACAUCAAUCCACCGACAGGAUUACCAACGGUUUAAUCAGCCACCACGCCCUACGGCGCGUCAGCCCGACAAGAUCAAAUACGACGGUCCAAUUUCAUCUGUCACCCAUUACAGGGUGGAUUUCAAAGACAAGGAGAUACCUCAGAGAUACGAGAGGGAGAAAGAGGAGCGGGUGCCUCCUGAAGAGCCUUUCAACAGUAAUUCAGUGUUCAGGGAGGAUUUUGUUGAUUUUCGUGGAGCGCCUAAAGCUCCCAUGUUCCACCCUGUAAGUGAUUUAUUUAAGAGUUCUGAGCCUAUGCAGCUUGAGACCACGAAAAAGGAAGAUUUUAAGAGCUGGGAGGUGUCACCAAGGAAGCAAAAAGAGCCCGAGAAGUACAAAACACCUGAGGGAGCCAUGGACUGUCAGACUACACAUAUGGACUACGCCAAUUUCGGAAGGAAAGCUGUGCCAGCAAAGACCGCGAGACCACGUACCAAGCUGCGAUUUGGACGAGAGGAAACACUUGAUGACAAGACUAACUAUGGCCUCAGUUUUAAAUGGUUUUACGAGCCGGUUGUGCACUCAAAGGGCCCAGGAAUUAAAAACGAGAUUUUCCCGCCCAUUCAGGAAAAGGCCCCUGAAAAGUCUGAAUUUCUGGAUAAAUACAAGAGGUUUAAUGUUGUGCCUCCAAAGAUGUUCCGUGACCGUAGCGCCCUUUUUAAGACCUCCGAGGCACUAGCCAAGGAUACAGUGUAUGACGACGAUUAUGUUUGGCCCCGAGUCAGUUGCCCGUCAGAUGCUCUUUUUAAGGGCACAGGAGAUUUUGUUUUUGAUCACGAGACUGAAACCGGCCACAGAAUGUUUCAGACAAUCUCUGAAAAUGUGCGCAGCAAUGACAUAACAGUUUCAUAACAUAAGUAUCAGAGUGAGUGUUAUUUCUAAUUAUAGAUAGUCAAAUGAGACAACUUGUCAGAGUGAUUUUUUUAGGAUGAAACAAAAAUUAGUUUUCGUAACGAAUGAAUCUGUCUACUGCACACAGCUAGUACAAAGAAGAGCUUUUUAACCCUUUAACUUCCAGAUCAAAUUUGUCAUUCUCUUUACCGUCAACCAUACAAUUCUUAUAAUGUUAGUUCAGAGAAUUUAGUAUUGGAUCAACUAAUUAUCUCCAAAGUGACAUUUUUCUUUAUUCUCAUCACUUAUCUUGUUAAUAUUGUAUUGGUAAUGUAAGGAGAAAAUCUGUCUUGGUCACUCAUGGGAGUUAAGGGAUUAAAUCAUGACAAUCAUGCAAGGAAAUUUAAGAACUCUGUUGUUCAUUGUUUCGUGCAUACCAAAAAAAAAAGUAAUUAUUAGUAAAGCUUCUAUGGAGGUAAUAACAUCAAAUGCAACCGUAUACAUACUAAAUUUUUUGUCAUUAGUAUUUAUUUUAUUCAAAUUUUUUUACUUGGUUAACCUUUGAAGAGGAUUGGAAAGAUUUUGCACAUUAAAAGCUGAUAUUUUCAACAA